AUGUUAAUUCAACCGCCUAUGCUUCAGCACUCGAGUUCUGCAGCUGCCCCAGACUCGGGAAACAAGUCCACGCCCACCUCCUCAAGAACGGGUUUCAUUGCCGAGACUUGCAUUUCCAACAGAAUGUUAUUGGAAGCAUUGGUGUUUUUGGAGAAAAUGUCGAUAGAGAAUAAUUUGACUCCCAAUUCUGUUUCUUGGAGUGCUUUGAUUGGUGGGUUCUCACUGAAUGGAUAUGACAAGGAAGCCAUUGCCAUGCUGUACAAAAUGAAAGUUGCGGGAUUUGAACCUAAUGCACGAACUCUAGCAAGCAUUCUUCCAGCUUGUGCUAGAUUGAAAAGGCUGAGAUUGGGGAGAGAAAUCUAUGGAUAUAUUGCAAGACAUGGAUUUAUGUCUAGCCCUUUCAUUGUCAAUGGAUUGGUUGAUCUGUACAGAAGGUGUGGGGAUAUGGAAAGUGCUUUCCAGAUCUUUUCAAAAUUUUCAGUGAGAGAUGCGGUUUCUUUUAAUACAAUGAUAGCUGGUUAUUGCGAUAAUGGGGAUGUUUUGAAGGCAAAAGAGCUCUUUGAUCAGAUGGAACCAGAGGGAAAAAUGAGGGACUUAAUUUCUUGGAACUCUAUGAUUUCUGGAUAUGUAGAUAAUUUCAUGUUUGACGAGGCUUUGAGCAUGUUUACAGAUUUAAUAACUACGGGUGGGAUUGAACCUGAUUCAUUUACUCUAGGUAGCGCACUUGGCGCUUGUGCAAAGAUGGGUUCUCUAAGAUUGGGGAAAGGGAUGCAUUCAUAUUGUAUUGUGAAGGGUCUGCAGUCGAAUCUUUUCAUAGGUGGAGGAUUGGUGGAAAUGUAUUGUAGAUGCCAGGACCCAGAAACCGCUCAGAAAGCCUUACAGGAGGUACCUGAAAGGAAUAUAGCAAUUUGGAACUCUUUGAUUUCUGGUUACGCUCGAUGCAAUCAAACUGAAAAUAUCCAGUGCAUCCUUCAGAAAAUGGAAGAUGAUGGAUUUAAACCGGAUGAUCAGUUAAAACUGGACAAGAAUUCUUCGAUAUGA